AUAACUGAGUGCAGCGCCCCCCUGCGGACGUGACGGCGGGCCGUUGGCCCUUUGGCUGACGUCACGCGUCCACGUGUCUUGGCGGACUAUUUAAGCGGCGGAGGAGGCCGGGGGGCGUCGUCACAUCACGCCGGACGUCAUGGAGCCUCUCGCCGAAAACGUCAACAAUUUGACGGCCUUCUCCGUGGAGGACAUCCUGGACCCCCGGAAGUUCACCGGGACCGCCACAGCGGCUGCGCGAGAAGCCGGCAGAGAGAAACAACACCCGGCGGCAGGCGGCGCUCGCGCACCGUCGCCGUCGCGCCGGCCCAAGAAGCGCGCGCGCACGGCCUUCGCGCCGGCCCAGCUUGAAAUUCUGGAGCUGAGGUUCCGCCGCUGUCGCUACUUGAGCCUCGCCGAGCGCCACGCCCUCGCCAGCGCGCUGCGCCUGAGCCACGCGCAGGUCAAGAUCUGGUUCCAGAACCGACGCACCAAGUGGAGGAAGGAGGAGGGCCCGCGGGCCGAGGAGCGCCACGCCCCCGAGGUCGUCGUCCUCGCUCGCCUGCUCGCAGCUCCGCCCCCUCGCUGCGCAGACGACACGCCCUCUUUUUUACUGCUGACAUCGUCAUCAACUGAGAAACUCGUGCGGCGGCGUGGGAUCCACGUGACCAUCGUAAACUGAUCACCGAUCAGCUGAUCCUAUUUUUCUGAGUUUCAUCAAGCGUCGGAAAAAAGGCUGAGGGGCCUCGAAGAAGACGAGGAGGAGGAGGAGGCGGGGCUGACAGACUGGAAAACAAUCAGCGGUCGUCAGCGUCUUCUUCACGCCGCCCCUCCAGCAGGGAAGACGACGCUUGUUCCCCUC